GGUGUCGCGUGGGCAAUGUUCGCCCUCAUGGGGAUGAGAUUCAUGAGGUCCAGAAAGUUCAUGCCAGCAGGUUUGGUCACCCUCGUUUCCCUCAUGGUAGCAACCGUGUACACCACUCGUCUGUCUCGACGAAAGCAUAUCUGAUCACGUAUUCUGAGUGAGAGCGCCGUUGUAGACCCCGUGUGACGUGAAAUGAAUACGCUUCCAAAAUCGACCUGGCUGCCACAAAGAUGUGCAUCCGAGCAUUCCUUUUCUUCAUCUCCAUCCAGCAUGCCGUCGACCCUCGCCUACAUCAUCCUGAUUGCAUGCGCGAUCACGGGUGUCACUGCUCAGUUCGGCGGCUUCUUCCAAAACAACUUUCAAUUCCAUAAUCCAUUCCACCAGCAUGAGGAUCGCACUCCACAUCGCCAACACAAAGGUUGGACAGAGAUGGAGCAAACGUCGUGCGGUGCUGGCUACCUCUGUCCUGGAUCCUUAGCCUGUGUGUCUACACCGGCAGACUGUCCUUGUCCGUACCCCGAGGACAUCAAAUGCAUCCUCCCAGACCCUAGAGAACGAGAUGAAGGAGAAGGCCCACCUUUUGUUUGCGUCAGAGGCUCAUGUGACGAAGUCAACGCAUUCUCCAAGAAGAUAUAGAAUGCAUCAAUAGACUGGAAACUCUGGAUCUACAUCACGACUCCACGCGACUAGCCCUCCUCUCAGAUCUUUCACCGUACCUCCUGCUUCCUGUACUUUCUCCGCGGCGAGAAGCGAGUCAUUUCCCUG